AUUAAGCACUAAUUUAUUGACGGAAAAGUUUCAACUACAGCUUUUGUAAGUAGAAUGGCAUUUACAUUCAGUGUAGAGCAUUGACUGAAUAAAGCAGAACCACCGCCGCCAAUUCAUUUCACUAUCGAAAGUGUUGGUUGUAAGUAAUUAAAGCAUGUAAUAACAAUUUAUAUGUGCUUAAUAGUGCUUAAUAUAAAAGCAGACUGUAUUACAUUGUAUUAUUAAAUGACAUUUAUGUAGCCUAUAAUUAUUUAGAUGUGUUCAUUUGCUCGUUCGAUAGUUCAUUUAUUUAGAUGAUAACGACAGUACGUCAGGGAGGACGUCAUGACGUAAAAGAAUCAAUGAAUCGUUUUAUUAAUACGUUUUCUGAAAAUAACACUUUUAAAGAACCGAUUUGUGUAAAUAAAACGGAUGUCAAUUAAAAGAAAGCUAGAUUUAUAGGCGAUUCGACAAGGUGUAUGGUAUUUGAAUGUGCACGCGCGAAAGCCGUUAAAUCUACGUGUCGCGCGCAUAAUUUGCUCAAGUAACGGUCAGCAGCAGACGCAAUAAAACACGAAACAUAAAAAUAAAAUUGUCUGCAGUUCGAUACAUUACCAAGGUAAUUUAAUUAAGUUUUGAAUUUCCAUUUACAGUACAUGUAUAAUCAUUUAUAAACGUAAUUUAAAGCAACGUCGCUUUGACCUGAGGUAAGUUCACGUUAACAUUUGAAUGACAGAAAAUGGAUGGAAGAAAAACGCGUAGAACUGAUUAUGUGCGUUAAAAAUGUGUUCUUAUUUAAUGAAAAUAUAACUAAUCAAACAUUUAAGAUUAAAUAACAGCAAUCCAUCGGGAGUUACGGACUUUGCUGAUUUUUAGAUGUCUGACGAUAAUUCGAGUGUGCAAUUAUGUGAGGACAUCAGUCGUAAGAGUUUACAACUGAACCAACAUUUGGAGAAGAUGACUGAACAAAUGGAGAAUGUUUCAGUAAAGUUGUCUUGGAUGGCAUAUGAUAUGGUUGUGCUUCGAACCAGUCCAGAUCUUGCCGAAUCCUUCAAGAGGCUGGAGAAUGAGUUCCUCAAGUGCAAAGCUGUCAUCUGUGGUCCCACAGAUGGACAAGACCAAAAAUGUCAGCCUGCUACUGAAAGAACAUAAUAUCCCCAAAAAAUAAAGUCAGAGUUUCAAUAUAGAACAGAGGGAUCUAAAAGGAUGAUAUUAAUGUUAUUAUAACUGCUGCAGUUAGAUCUGCCAGAGUUGUUUGAUGCCACUGUAUAUUUGUGAUUUAGCAUGGUUUUAUUCCCUCAUACAAAUUAAUAAAAAAAAAUCAACCAACCAAACAUGCUGAUUGUGAAUCUGAUUGGCCCAAUAACAUUAAAAUGCAAAAAUGGGGCUUCUGAAUGUUCUGCUGUUCAAUUUUUAUUUUUUCUUAUUGUGUGUGCCAUUCGUUUAAGACUAGAGACCAUAUUAAUGAUAAUACAUAAUUAUCCUUUACAUCUGUGUGUCUUACAGAUGGAGUCUGAGGGAAAUUCCACAGAGAAUCGUGAACAUGGGUCCUCAGAUGGCCUGGAUUAUAUCUUGAAGCAGUUGGAUUUCAUGUCGGAAUUGAUUGACCAGUUGGAAGUGAAGAUCCAGCUGCUGCAGUGUAACCUGACCGUGUGCUUCACACACCCUGAUAAAAUGGCGCGUCUCCAGACUGAAGUGGAAACCCUAACCUGGUUAAACCAUCAACAGACGACGGAAGACUAAAUACAAAGAAGUGCUUUUUCAUGUAAACUUCACAAUUUAAUUGGAAACAUUAAGUUAGAAUUCUAAAAACAGUAGGAAUAUUUAAUUUAGAACAGACAAAUGUACAUUUUAAGAGUAUAAGAAAAUUGCUUAAUUAUAAGUAAAAUUGCUUCUCGUUAACAGUCUAAAAAUGCUUGAUUUUAACAUUGAAAGUGUUUAAAUAUUUUUUUUUUUUCAUUUAAAAAGUUUAGACAGUUUUGUCGGAUCGAAUUAAACCAAGUAUGAUUCA